GCGGCUGACGAGGCGGUGGGCUCGGGCUGAGGGCGGCUCCCGCGAAACGCCUCAGCGGCUGCUGGGGCGUGGCCACAGCCUCUCGGCCAGGGGCGUGGUCCCGCGCGCAGGUGCGAUGGAGGGGCGUGGCCCGGGCGGCCCGUUCAGGUGCGGGCUGCCUGAGGCGGCGGUGGCGGCGCUGCUGCUGCCGCCGCUUCCCCGCCAUGGCGGCCCCCGGCGGGCUGGGCCGCUGUGUGGUGGCCUUCUGGUUGGCACUGGCCUUCGACGCGCUGGGCCUGGCCGUACUACUGGCCGGCGUGUUCGCUGACGUGUUCUUCUCUGACCUGCUCAUCUAUGCGGGCGGCAUCGGCAUUUUCCUCAGCCUCAUUUGGUGGGUUUUCUGGUACGCGGGCAACCUGGAGGUGCCGCCGGAGGAGCUGCGCGACGACGUGGGGCUAGCACCGCCCAAGGGUCGCGGAGACAGUCUGCUGCGGGAGCUGGUGUACGGCCUCGGCCGUCGUCUCUCCUCAGCCUUCGCUCCUGCUUCGCGUUCACGCGCCUCCGCCGACCUAGAGUUGCAGUGUGCUGGGGGCCCGCGGGGCCGCCCCACCGGCUCCGGCAGAUCUGUUGAAGACAUGGCUAUUGAAGUUACUGCCUCAAAAAUUGGAGGAAGUGGUGCAAGUUAUGGAAAGAGAACUCCCCACUCGAUGCAGUAGGAUUCUCUCAUUAUGGAAUAACCUCUGCAACCACUGUGGACUCUGUAUAAAACGGACACAUGGAGGCAUAUCUGCCGAACACACCUGUUUCAGUGUUGGACUGGACAGCAUUCUGUGGGUAUUUUUCAUCAUUUCAAAAGAUAAAUUAGAUUAAGAAGGAAAAACUAAACAAGAAACAAACACAAUUCACAGAAAAACCACUGCAGCAUGUAACAGAGACAUGUUUUUGUUUUGAGUAACCUGGGAAUGUAUGGAUUAAAAACUCUUGCACAAUGAAAAGCUUUUGCACUGUUUUACCAAGGUCUGGAAGUUAAACUUACUGUGAAUUUUAUGAUGCCAGUGCAAUACUUUUGUUUGUAAGGGUGCUUUUAAAAUGCCUGCAUUAAACUACUGGUGCAAAGUUGCAAA